AUGGCAGCCGGAGAAUGGCCUUCUUCCUGUCCUCCUCUCCAGCCAGUGAUGCUGGGCUUGGAGGCAGCGCUGCUCUCCUUCUGCAUCUCCACUGUAUUCUCCCAGGUCCCAGACCCAGAGCUUUUACCGACAGAUCCCCCAAAGAAGCCAGACCCAGUCACUUCAGAAACAGUCGUGUUCUGGGGACUGCGGUUAUGGCAGGUUAUUGGCGUCUUCUCUAUGUUUAUUCUAGCAGUCAUCAUAACCCUAUGCUGCAUCUUCAAAUGCCGUAUCCCCAGGACGAAGAAGGAGAUUGAGGCGCGACAUGCUCAGAGAGUAGCAGCUAAGGACUACGCCAACACACUGGAGACAGUGCCUCCUCUCAACGAGCUCACAGAGAUCCCAGGAGCGCUCCUGGACACUGCAUCCCUCCCGACGGUCUCUGAGCAGGUCCAGACUAGCAGCGCCAGUAGCAGCCAGCUCCCAGUGGUGAGAGAGGAGCUGGUGCUCACUGGUCCCCUCACUCAGCCUGAGACUGGAUGA